AUGGCGUCAGGGCAGGUCCACAUGGCGGCUCCUGUUUGCCUAAUUGAGAACAUGCCAGACGGGAAGCUGGUGGUGAACCGGGAGGCUGCAGAGGUGCUUGCCGGGAUCCGCCAGCCAGUGGUGGUGGUGGCCAUUGCAGGGUUGUACCGCACUGGCAAGUCCUACCUCAUGAACAGGCUUGCCGGCAAGAGAAAAGGUGACUGGCUUCAUGAAUAUUCCCCGUUGCUCAAGGGAAGGGCUGGAGUCUAGUAGCUUCGCAUGAGGAGCAAGGCAGUGGAGUCUGGUGUUUCUGGAACAGGGUAUCAGAACCCCUGGGUUUUCUGCCUAGCCUGGGGAGAAGCAUAGAGGAAGAGGAGUAAAUUAAUAUUUAUAUAGAACCAGAGUGGAUGGGAAGGACUUUGGGGCAGAGGUCCCCGCUGAGCAGGGAGAUACCUUAAUAUGGCAGCUAACACAUGUUGCCAUCUUAAGGGGUAUCCUAGAACUAUUACCUAACUGCCCCACUGAAGAAACAUCAGCACAAGUGGCACUUUGCAGACUCCCUGGCACCAAAACGAUAGGCCCCUCCUGUGAGUAUAUUGCAAUAUAUAUUUCAACAAGAGAGUACAGUUCAAUAAGAAGGAGAAUCAAUGUGAACAAUGGACUCAAUAGGUCCUGGUUACGCCUCAAAGUCCUGUGAGGUGUCUUGAGGAUGUCUGGAACCCUGUGGCAGCUGGGCCUUGAGCCAAAGAGAGUUUGUCAUCUGAUCCUAGGUAUCUUUACUCAGAAGUAAGUUCCACAGAGUUUAGAAACUCUGUGCAGGAUCAAAGCCUUCAACCUUGGCACCCCUUGUUUUCUAGAGUGGUUGGGGCAACCCAGUCAGAUGGGUGGCAUAAUAAUAGUGAUGAUGAUGAUCUGCUCCUCCCACAGGUUUCUGUCUGGGUACCACAGUGGAGGCGCUCACCAAGGGCAUCUGGAUGUGGUGUCUUCCGCAUCCCUACAGGUCAGACCUCUCACUGGUGUUACUGGACACAGAAGGGUUGGGUGAUGUGCAGAAGGUGAGCUGGGGGAGAUGGCAACUCAGGUGGGGGCUGCAGAAGCCCAACACAUUCAAAAAAGCCCUGUGACAAAAUGCCCUGGCCAAAUAUUGAUAGGGAUGGACGAUACUUAUGCCUGUUAAAUCCCUGGGUUACACAUUUUGGAAUGUUUCUGUAACCCAGAAUUUGUUAGUAGGAUAAAAGCAAGGGUGGGUAUAGCUGGUUGUUUCUGGGCCCCCAAGUUGUCCCUGCCCCAAACAUGCCAUUUUUAAAGAUGGCCACACCCACUUUUAUAAUUUGGCCACAGCUACUUUGACAUGUGACUUCCAGAAAGUUAGCCAUACGCCAAGGUGGCGGCCCUUGGGGGAAAGUGAAGAAAGCCUCUUUUGCUGGAGGGGCCAACAUUUGUUCCGAAACUAAAGGGUUCUUGGUGCAGGUAUUUGUGGUUUGCAAAUGGGGCAUGUAUCAUGUUUACCCGAGUGACAAUUCAUUGACACAAGGUGCAGCUCUGAAAACAUUUUAAGUACACAGAAAAUGCUGCCACUCAAGGAAGUUUACAGUGAACUAUAAUGCUUCACUGAAGAAUGAGAGUUCUCGAUGAAGGCAUGAUAUUUUAAUAUGCCAAUGGGGUCAUGUUUAAUAAUGCCCUAUAGGUGCUUUAUAUUUAUAGUUUUCCUGGGACACAUUAGACAGCAAAAAUGAUAUUGAAACAUUUAAUGUUUUGGAUCAACAAAGGUUUCAGUUUCAGGCUUGUUUCCAGCAAUAACUGCUCUGGGUGUGCCAGGGCACAUUUUUCACUUGCCAGAGUUGUGCCACACAAGGUAAUUAGUCAUCACAAACACAGUGAUUCUGCAGUCAACUAUGUGGGCUGUGUUUGCUUCGUCUUGAAAUGAUAAAAAAAUCCCCCUGAAAUUUGUGGCCUUAAUGGUAAGCAGUCUUGCAUUUAUUUGCUCAUUUUGCAAGCUGCACGCAGGUUUUUUGGUCUCUGCACCACCUAAAUGGCAAAUGCUGCUUCUUCCAUGGUGUGUGUGUGAUUGAGAGGUAAGAAGAGCAAGAGUGGUGCAGUCCUGGAAAUUCUACCAAUCAUUAUUUCUGGCUCUGCCCACCAUUGGCUGCAUGUACCCUGGCUAGCUUUCGCCGUGGUUCAGCAGGUUUAACCACUCUUACCUUGUGUGCUAGAAUUUACUCUUUAUAUUAACUGAGUUCCUGUGCCCAUCACCAAAUUCUGGUACAAGCCACUUUGGAGGCUGUGUGACAGGCUGAGUGUCAUGGAUGUAAAAAAACCCCUAAGCAUACAGUAAACACAUGUGUUUGGUGCUUGUGGGGUAGUUGCCAACACUUAGGCAAUAUGCCUCUGCAGGGCUUCCAAGUGCAGUCUAAGAUGCUGCAAGCAAGUUAUGAUCUGCAUUCAUUUCUAAGAAUUCCUUAACCUGGUGCAACAGGAGCAGCGGAAAAGCAACAACACAAACCUCGAAGCAGCUAUCUCUGCACAUGCAGCUCCCAGAGGAAAGAGUGCAGCUGGCAAUGGGGCAUUGGGAUCUUGGGUGAUGGACUCUUGGGAUGUCCUAGAAAGGCCCAUUUUAUGUUUCAGGGAAACACACAGAACGACUCGUGGAUCUUUGCCCUGGCCAUUCUGCUCAGCAGCACCCUGGUGUACAACAGCAUAGGCACCAUUGACCAAAAUGCGCUGGAGAAUCUGCAGUAUCCUUUUGGGGCAUCAGAAAUCCCAGCUGGACUUGUGUGCUGGGCCUGGAGGAUCUAGGAGGAGGCAGUUGAAGGUUGUCCCCCUAGGAGUUUCGCUCCAUGGGAGACAGAUCUCUUGAUGCAGAAGCAGGUGGGAUGAACUCUCCUGGUCUGAGACUCCAUGAUGCUUAGAGUGGUCUGAUGAUGCUGAGGAAGUAUGGGGUGGUGCAGGAGGAAACACAGAGGGGAGGCUCUUCGGAAGGUGGGCGAGGAGCUCAUUGGGACACGUUGUGAGGGGGGUGGAUCAGUGAUUACAGCUGCAAACUGAGAACCUUCAGAGACAUGUUUUUAUAGCUGUCAACGUUUACCUUUUUUAAAGGGAAAUUCCCUUAUUCUGAAUAGGAUUCCUCGCAAGAAAAGGGGAAAGUUGACAGCUAUACAUGUUUUACAGAUAUGGGCGGGGGGCAGGCAGGAACUCCAGAAGGCAUAAAAUCAGGAAUAGGCCUUAAGGUGUAAAACCGAGAGGUGUCAGCCCCUUGCCACAAAACGCGGUCCAAAUUACAAUUGCGAUAUGUGGUCUGUCUGUAGUGUAAAUCUCUGCUCAAAAGCCCUAUCAUUAUUGCCAGCUAGCCCACAACUGCAGGUUCAAACAGGUUCAUCAUUUGGCUGAAUUCACGUCCAACGCCCCAAACCAGCCCUGGAAUUAUUUUCCUUAGCGCUCCCCAGUUAUGUCACUGAGCUGACAAAAAAGAUUAGAGCAAAAGCUGUAGGUGUUGUCUUUUGGUUCAGAAUCAAGUGGAAUGAACUCUCCUGGUCUGUCUCAGAACAAAUAGAACCGUAGAAUUGUAGAGUUGGAAGGGACCCUGAGGCUCAUCUAAGCCAACCCCCUGCAAUGCAGGAAUAUAUAGCUGUCACAUACAGGGAUCGAACCUGCAACCUUGGAGUUAUCAGCACCACACACUGACCAACUGAGCUGCUCAGGAACUGGGUGAAGGGCAAAGAAACAUAGAGAGACAUAGCUGAUGGGCAGGAUAGGCAAACCCCAAGGAUCAGGUGCUAGGUGAGGAGCUCAUUGAGACACAGUGUGAGAGUUGGGAACCCCCAAGGGCAUGUCUUACUGAGAGAUAGGUGGAAGGAGUAGGGGAGCUAGGAAUCCUAGAAGGGGUGGAGUCAGGAAUUGACCUAAGGGUGUAUAAUAAGAGCUGUCAGCAGGGCAUAAGGCCACGAUGCUAAAAUAAGUCCCUUGCCACAAAGCUCUCCCCAAAUCACAACUGCAAGAGGUAGUCAGUCUGUAGUGUAGAAAAUCUUGCUGCACCUGCUAGGAGGUCAUCUCAUUCUCCAGCCACUACUGCAUCUACAGACAGGUCAAGCCAGUUCAUGAUUUGGCUGAAGUUCAUAUUGCAAAUCCCCAGACCAGCCCUGGAAUUGUUUUCCUUAGCACUCCCCAGCUAUGUCACUGAGCUGACAAAAAAGAUUAAGGCAAAAGCUUCCCCCGGGGAAGAUACAGAGGAGGAGAACUCUGCCGAAUUUAUCCGUUUCUUCCCAGACUUCAUCUGGGCAGUGCGGGAUUUCACACUACAGCUGAAGAUAGAUGGACACCCCGUCACUGAGGACGGGUACCUGGAGGAGGCAUUGAGACUGCAGAAAGGUACAAUAACUGCAGAAAGAUAAGGCAGCGUCUGAGAUGGGGAGGGAAAGCUGGGGCUUGUUAACAGCCUAGAGGACACUGUUAAUGUGGAGGCAUACAACUGAUGUAAAGAAUAAGGGCCUAAAAUUCAAGUGGGUGCAUAUGACCAGUCAUGUACCCAUUGAGGGCCAAAUAGGUUUAACAAGUGUCCCCAUGCUACUUGCCUGAUGGAGCACACAUAUGGGUACAUCGCAACAAUACAUCAAAACUGCAUACUGCCAAGUGUACCAUGUUGCUUGUGCAUUUGGACUGGGCCUCCUGAAACCCCUCUGACCUAGAUGCCUUGCCCAUAAUCUCACAUAUACAUGUGUGAGCUGUAUGUACAUGCUCAAAAGCGUCAUUUAUACCAUCACAUUUGCAGUGCUGAGACAGAGAGCAAUAUCCUAACUCAGCUUACAGUAAUUCCUGGGUCCUCAGAGGUUGAGUCAGCAUGGAAACUUGAAUGUGUAUAGGUAACAAAAUAAGUUUUCCCCACUGUGGAGAUGAAUGGCAUGUUUUCUGUUAACAAAUCGUCUUGUGUGUUCACACAUCUUCCUUAGGUGACACUGAGCAAAUCCAGAAGUUCAACAUGCCCAAGUCAUGUAUCCGCAAAUUCUUUCCGUCACGGAAAUGUUUCACGUUUGACCGUCCAACUAGCAGGAAAAAGUUGUCUCGGCUGGAGGAACUGGAAGAAGAUGAUUUGGAGGAAGAUUUCUUGGAGCCGGUGGGCCGUUUCUGCCAACACAUCUGGGAGACAUCACGACCCAAGACAGUUCCAGGAGGCCAAGUUGUGACAGGGAGAAGUAAGGAACGCUUUUGCAAGUUUGUAGGUUGGGACAGGUGGCAGUUGGAAACCAUUUCAAUAGGAGCCAUUUCACACUCUUCUGUUGUCUCUCGAGACAGGUGGAUGCCAACCAAUAAAAACCAAUAAUUGGCCAUUGUACAGAACACCUCAGAGCUCUCCAGGUGUUGAAAGUACACCUAACACACCUUAGUGCUAGUCAGUGACCUCUGAUGCACUUUGGACUUGAGACGUAGAUACUUUUGCCCAGUGUAGUUCUGAUGAUACUACAGUCGUACCUUGUUUUUCAAAUGCCUUGUGACACAAAAGUUUUGGCUCCUGAACACCGCAAACCCAGAAAUGAGUGUUCCGGUUUGUGAGCUUUUUUUGUAAGCCGAACAUCCGACACGGCUUCCACGGUUUCCGAUUGAGUGCAGGAAGCUCCUGCAGCCAAUUGGAAGCUGUGCCUUGGUUUUUGAACAUUUUCAGAAGUCAAAUGGACUUCCGGAAUGGAUUCCGUUUGAGAACCAAGGUAUGGCUGUAAUAACAAUUUUCAAACUGGGAACUUCAUUGGUGGAACCUUUUCCCCUCUGUCAGCAGAGCAGCUUGUGGAUGUUGCAAUGUCUGCUGCAUAGCAGCGCCACCAUUCUAGUUGGCUUAGGGCGAAGGGUGUUACUCAAACCAGCCCAUUAGGGAACAGGUGACAUCAGAAACCAAAGGGUCCCACUUGGCUGUAGAAAAUGGUUGGUUCUGCCCUGACUCCUCAGUCGGAGCAGGUGCAGACUAAGGACUUGCCCAAGGCAGAGCAAAAUAUGGAUUUGCACAUGCUCCCCAUUAAUCUAGGAGUGUUCACAUGAUAUAUUCUCUUGUCUCAGUGCUCCCCUUGUCUCCCCUUUUCCCUUCUUUUAAGUACAAGUUUUUUUGAACCUGGCCAUUUCAUAAUUUCCAAGGAUCAACUGUGCCCUGCAUUUAAAAGGGGAAAUUGUCAGUUUUUGAAAAAGAAAAGGUUCUGACCUCCUUUCUACUCCUUUGCCUAGUCCUCAGACCUUAGUUGGCACAAAAGAGUUUUUGAGAAAGAGUAUUCUUGCGGAGUGGGACGUGGGUGGCGUUGUGGGUUAAACCACAGAGCCUAGGACUUGCCGGUCAGAAGGUUGGCGGUUCGAAUCCCCGUGAUGGGGUGAGCUCCCAUUGCUCGGUCCCUGGCUCCUGCCCACCUAGCAGUUCGAAAGCACACAAAGUGCAAGUAGAUAAAUAGGUACUGUUUCAGCAGGAAGGUAAACGGCAUUUCCGUGCGCUGCUCUGGUUUAGCGGCUUAGUCAUGCUGGCCACGUGACCCGGAAGCUGUACGCCGGCUCCCUCGGCCAAUAAAGCGAGAUGAGCGCCGCAACCCCAGAGUCGGUUACGACUGGACCUAAUGGUCAGGGGUGCCUUUACCUUUAUUCUUGCAGAGUAUUGCUGCUUUUAUUCUUAAAAAGUCUUCUUCUCCAACCACGACCGACAGCUUUUACACACACCAAACGCAACCAGCUUUCUACCAUCUAACCAACCCACACCCAACACUAACAUUGACCACUCUAUAUAUACAGGUACAAUUUGGUUAAAAGUUGCAUGAGUCAUUGUAGGAUGCUGACUCAUGCUGACUUAGUUCUUUUAGCAUUAAAGAAACAGCGGCCAAUGUUUAGCCGUGACAGAAAUGUCCAGGACAACAAAUGCCCCUACUUUAUUGGGGAGACAGGUAAGUAAGUGCAAAUCCACAUUUUGCUCCAGUGUGGCCAAGACCUCAGUUGCAUGUAAACAGCUCACCUGAUUGCUGAGUUGUGGGAGAAAGCAAGGGAGGAAGGCAAACGAGUAACUAGGAGGAUGUAUGUGAUGGAUUUCUAUCAAGAUCCCUCCCUGCUUUUUCAGCCAAAUGCUAUUUACAUGUAUUCAAGUUAUUUCCUGCAGCCACAAGGGACAGAAUCUUUCUUUUGUAAAUAGAGAAUGGGUGGCUACUAUGCCUUUUUUUUACGUGCAAUAUAACUGUUUUCUGCUCUCGCUUGGUGAAUCUGCAGCUACAGCAGAAUACUUGAUGCAGACAAUCAACUCAAGGGUGUUUGGGGCCUGAAAUUACUCUUUCAGUGCAAGGAGGUUAGUUCUAUGGCUUCACUGAUCCUUCCCUCUUCAGUGCUUGAGAAGUUAUUGAAGAUCUACGUCGAUGCUAUCAACAGUGGGGAUGUGCCGUGCUUGGAGAACGCAGUGCUGGCCCUGUCUGAGAUUGAGAACGCAGCUGCUGUUCACGAGGCCGUUUCCUGUUACGAAGCGCUGAUGGGGAAGCGGUUGGCGUUGCCCACAGACACGGUGGAUGAGCUGCUGGCUGUGCAUGCCGAGUGCGAAAAGGAAGCCAACGCUGUCUUCAUGGCCCGUGCCUUUGGCAUCGCACAGGUUAAAAAAUUCCAGGAGGAUCUUGAGGUAUAUGUGGUUUCAUUUGUGCCUUGUCAAUUGUCUCUGCCAGUGUGGCUGGAAACAGAACUUAGGGUCAUUUUUUAAAAGUUCCUUCCCUGCUCCUCAGUCUGUUUCACAGGCCCGAAAAAAGGCCUCAAGAAUGCUGAAAUGUAGACAAAUGUAGGUCCUCUGCCCCCUCAGACGCACCCCAUCUGCAUCAUACAUUUGAAGCAGUUUCCUAUCACUUUAAACAGCCAUGGCUUCUCCCUAAGAAUUCUGGGCACUGUAGUUUUUUUAACCACUCUGGAGACUGUAGCUCUCUGAUGGGGAAUAGGGAUCUCCUAACCAGGGCUGGCCGAGACAUUUUGGCAUUCGAGGCAAACCACAAAAUGGCGCCCUCACCUCCUGAAGAUCUACAUCAGGAACAAGACGGGUGGGGAGAAUAAAGAUCUACAUCAGGCUCUGCAGCCCCUGUGGAUUUUGCCAUCUGAGGUGGUCACAUAACCUUGCCUCACAGGCUGGCCGGCCGACCCUCUCCUAACAAUUCUCCAGACCAACUGCAGCUCCCCAAAUUCAUGGGAGUCCUAAAGCACUUUAAAUGUGCAGUGCAGAUGGGGUCAUGGAACCAGAAACGUUCUCGGUGGUCAGAGAGGAAACCCACAAGGCAGAGAAUGCAAUUAAAAACUGAACUUUGGAGAAGGGCUGGAGCACCGGAAGAGAGCACCUGCUUUGCAUGCAAAAGGUCCCAGGUUCAUUCCCCCGCAUCUCCAGGCAUUUGUGAUAUGAAAAAAGAUCACACUUAGUAAAGCUUAUUUAGACAAAGUCCUGUUGCAUAGCUAUAGACAUCAUGGCUAGCAGGGCCUUCCAUACCUUACUUAUUUAUUGGGUUUAUAUGCCGCCUUUUCUUCUAAGGUGGUUUAAAACACCAAAGCAAAUAAAAAAGGUAAAGGUAAAGGACCCCUGACAGUUAAGUCCAGUCGCAGACGACUCUGGGGUUGCAGUGCUCAUCUCGCUUUACUGGCCGAGGGAGCCAGCGUUUGUCCGAGGAAGUUGUUCCGGGUCAUGUGGCCAGCAUGACUAAGCCACUUCUGGCGCAACGGAACACCGAAAUCAGAGCAGGACACGGAAACGCUGUUUACCUUCCUGCCGGAGAGGUACCUAUUUAUCUACCAGGGCCGUCUUAAGCAUACCUGGCGCCGUGGUGCAAAGAUCCCUCCGGCGCUCCACCCCCGUUUCCCAGAGUUGUUGACCUUUUCCCAAGCUUCUGCGGGGAUCGCUCCCCUCCCGUGGGGGCUGGGGAGGCAAACUGCACGCCCGCCAGCCAUAUAGUUGACAGGGCGCAGCUGGCAGGCGUGUAGGAGGGAAAGGGGAGGCCUCUGGCAAAGCCGCGCAGCUCCCCCACUUGCUGGGGUGCCCCUGAGAGGCCGGCGCCCUGGUGCAAUGUGCCAGUAAGCCCAGUGGAAAAGACGGCUCUGUUAUCUACUUGCACUUUUGGGUGUGCUUCCGAACUGCUAGGUUGGCAGGAGCUGGGACCGAGCAACGGGAGCUCACCUUGUCGUGGGGAUUCGAACCGUCGAUCUUCUGAUUGGCAAGCCCAAGAGGCUCAGUGGUUUAGACCACAGCGCCACCCGCAUUAUAUUAAAAGAAGACUGACAAGAGUCCUCUCAUGCCAACUGGGAGCUGAUGGUAUGUGCACUUCCUGGCCUGGGCUCCUUCACUUCUGCCUGAAACUUAACAUGGUUUUCUCAGAGUCUCUUUGUCCAAAAUGGAGAUUUGCAUGUUGCAUGUUGUCCCCAGGCAGCGACAGACAUUGAAAUGCAGGCCAUGUUGACCUCAACUCAUUUACUUACGUAGCCUAGAGAAUGCUAGCAGCAAGCGGCACAUUUUCCAAGUGAAAUUGAAUAUAUGUGCAUCUCCCAAUAGACAGGUGGUUGAAAAUGGCAAGGGGACCUGGCUCUGAACUCAAGGAAAGAUGUGGUUGGACAAAUAAUAAAACUCACGUCCAGCACAAGCAGUUCCAGUUCGACUGAAAUCUGUGCUGUUGAUUGUAUGUGGGCCUUGGUAUGCCUUUCCCCCUGCAACAGGGUACAGAACGGGGCAAGUUCCCCCUCGUUGUUAACACACCAUCUUUCCGCUGGUUUUGUUUUCACUUUGUUCUGGCAGCUUCAGCUGAAGCAGAAAAAGGAAGAAUUAUGCGAGAGAAACAAACAGGUGUCCUUUGACCGCUGCAACCAUGUGCUGGUGGAGCUUUACCGGAAGCUGGAAGAUGGAGUCCACAUAGGAAUUUAUUCUGCUCCUGGUGGCUACCAGCGUUAUCUGGAGAACUGGACCGAAAUGGUGGAGGAAUACCAUUCGGUACCCGGUAAAGGAAUUCAGGUAGGUUCACUACUUGGAAGUACCUGAGCCAACUUUUCCUCAGCAUCCAAAGAUUCAGCAUUCUGGUGCAGAUGGAGGGUAGAAGCAGACUGUAGACCAGAGGUGAGGAGCCUCAGGCCAAGGGGGCCAACUGUGACCAUCCAGGCAUCCAGGCUUCUCCUUCUGGACUCUCCCCAGGCUACAUCUCCUUAGCCAUACCCUCUAUGCCCAGGUCACAGCCCUCACUAGCCUUACUAGAGGGUUUCUGCCUUGCUGGAAUGUGCCCCUGAACUUUCAUAAUGUGUCUUGCUUACCUGUAUGGAGGACAGAAGGGUGUGUGUGUUUGUGUGUAAAACUAGCAUAUUGAACAAACUAGCAUAUUACACAUGUUGCUCCUCCUACUUUUACCUGUGGCUCCACCUGCCACUGGCAAGCACCUCCCAGAAGUUUCCCAGUAGGGAAGGGGGUAUCAGUCGGGGGGGCAGGGCGGGAAGGAUUGCCGCCCUUACUGUAGAUGUAAACUGCAAUCCAGUGCACGUUUACUUGGGAGCAAGCCCCACUGAAUUAAAUACGAUUUGAUUCAGAGUAAGUAUCCCACGGAUUGCACUGUAAAAUCAGUUUAAGAGGCGUUCCUUCAUUGCAAGCUAUGUGAUAGGGAUUACAGAUCACUAACAUCCAUUUCUCAGCAUCUCACCCUAACUACUAUUAUUCAGUUAUUUGCUACAUUAAUACACCAAAUUUUUUGUUGUUGUCUUUAAUCCCUGCAUGUACCGUAUUUUUCGCUCUAUAGGACGCACUUUUUCCCCUCCAAAAAUUAAGGGGAAAUGUGUGUGCAUCCUAUAGAGUGAAUGCAGGCUGCGUGGCUAAGCCCAAAGCCAGAACAGGGAGACGGAGCGCUGCGCCUAUGCACCUAUGGUCUGGUGCGUCCUAUAGAGCGAAAAAUACGGUAAUCUGCUUUGACUUCCCCCCAUCUUUGCAUUCAAUUAAUAACCUUUGCUUCCGAUCCUUUAUCAGGCAGACUGUGCUCUUGAAGAAUUCAUGAAAUCCAAGGAGACUGUGGCAAAAUCUCUCCUUCAAAUGGACCGCGCCUUGACUGCCCAAGAGAAGCAACUUGAAGGUGCAGAUCUGGAGGAGGGGACUUUACACAUCAUAAAUUAUAUGUCAUUGUUCUGCCUGCUCUGGUAGGGCUCUGAGCUCCUAGCAAAGCAGGUUAUAGUUGUGGUACCUCUUAGCUUUAUGAUAUUGUAACAGGUGUGGUGUUGUCACAUUGAGCAGCAUAAAACUCCAAAAGCACUGGGUGAAAGGGAGAUGUCUGUGAUCUUAAAGGGCGCUUGUCUUGUUGUGUAGCCAGAGGCUCUUAUGGCUUGGGGUAGGAGGAGUGAUCAAGGGAUACCCUGAGAGAGAGUAUUUUAAUUCUGAAGUGUCCCUGGGAAAGGCGUAUAUUUUGGAAAGACCUGAUACAGUGGUACCUUGGUUCUCAAACUUAAUCCAUUCCGGAAGUCCGUUCCAAAACCAAGGUGCACUUUCCCAUAGAAAGUAAUGCAAAAUGGAUUAAUCCAUUUCAGACUUUUAAAAACAACCCCUAAAACAGCAAUUUAAUAUGAAUUUUACUAUCUAACGAGACCAUUGAUCCAUAAAAUGAAAGCAAUAAUCAAUGUACUGUACCAUAAAAUAAAUGAGACAGUAUUGUAGACGAUAAAAAUUAAAAUAAUUUUUUUCUCUUACCUGCACUUAUUAUAGUCAUUGUUUGGAUGGCGGGCUUUUAUCCAUUUCCACAGUCAAUCAAUCAAUCAAUCAAUCAGUCAAUCAAUCAAUCUAUCUAUCUGUCAGUAGCUGAACUGGGUUCCAUACAGCCACAAAACAAAUAAACCGAAAAAGCCUCAAAAACAGAAACGCAAAAUAAAUAGCAAAAACAAAAGCGCCAAGGUACCUUGGUUCUUGAACUUAAUAUGUUCUGGAAGUCCGUUUGACUUCCAAAAUGUUCAAAAACCAAGGCGUGGCUUCUGAUUGGUGUAGGCUCCCCGGAAACAAUAACCGACAGCCGCAUCGGACAUUCGGCUUCCGAAAAACGUUUGAAAACUGGAACACUUACUUUGGGUUUUCGGCAUUUGGGAACCAAAGCAUUUGAGAAGCAAGGCGUUUGAGAACCAAGGUACCACUGUAAAGAAAAUGGAGAUCCUUCAUCCAGAUUGCCUUCAAAUUUUUAAAGAGUAUUAAAUAUAAGACAUGUAAAAUCUUGGGUACAUAAGAGAUGCCUAAAAGAUAACAAUGGAGGCAGCCUGAUGAAUAUGUCCAGGGAAUGUCUUCUAAAGUCUGGAUGCCACCACAAAGCAGGCCCUGUCCCCACCUCAGCUUGGAAGUUGGAGACACUCAAAGAGUGAAGACUGUAAAACCAGCCAAGUUCAUAGGGUAGCAGGGGGUGGUCCUCCGAAUUAUGCUCUUUCAAUGCUUUCCUGUCUGCCAGCAGUUCAGGUUGUCUCUUUUUCUUCGCUGGCCCCCAGCCCAGCGCGCUCAGGCCGAAGCAGCCCAGCUGCAGCAGAAGCUGUUGGAGCAGGAGCAGGCCAGACUGAAGCAAAUGAUGGAGGAUGAGAAGCGAAGCAACGAUGAACAGCUCCAGCUGUUGAAGGAGAAGAUGGAGAAAGAGAAGAAGUUGAUGGAAGAGGAAACAGACAGGGUGAUAGAGCAGAAACUCAAGGUAAAUAGAGCUGAGCCGGAUGCAGACGCUCGCCACUGCAGUAUGUAGUCUUUAGGUCAGGGGUGGGGAGCUUGUGGUUGGAUCCAGCACUCAUCAGCGCAAGCCAGCAUGGCCAGUGCUCAGGGGCCAACAAGGUCUGGAAGGUCAUAUUUUCCCAGUUCCUGUUUUGGGGCAUCUUAUUAAGAUGGUGCUUGGAAGCGGAACCCUUCCCUCCACUCAGGGCCAAAUCUAGUCACCCCUGCCCUUCUCAGUGACUCCCCACCAGUCAUUUAUAUACCCUAAGAUAUCCUCACCCUCUCAGUGCAAGCCACAUGUCGUUUAGGUAAAGCUUGGAUCCAACUCAUGUAGUGCUUCUUCAAACUCAUGUAGUGCUUCUUCCUAACCCUAACCCUUACCCUCUAUUAUAAUAAUAAUAAUAAUAAUAAUAAUAAUAAUAAUAAUAAUAAAUUUUAUUAAUAUCCUGCCCUCCCCAGGCAAGACCGGGCUCAGGGCGGCUAAAGCCAGGUAUAAAAACAAUUGAUUAAAAUACAACUUAAAAACAAGAUUUAAAUACAACAUGCAGCCUCAUUUCAGUAGAAACUCAAAUAAAAAACUUUUUGGGGAUGAAAACGUCAAAUCUUCACCAAGGCCAACUAUCCAGACUGGUCCUACGUGGGCCAGAAAAAAGCCAGGGAAGUCCCCAAAUAGGAGUUCCACCACAGAAGGAGAAAGGGAAAAGGAAAGAGCGGGAGGGGAUCAAGUUGAUUCCAAGCCAAAGGCCAGGCGGAACAACUCUGUGUUACAGGCCCUGCAGAAAGAAAUCAGAUCCUGCAGGGCCCUGGUCUCUGAGGCAGAGCGUUCCACCAGGCCGGAGCCAGUGUUGAGAAGGCCCUGGCUCUGGUUGAGGCUAAUUGACUUCCUUAGGACCCGGGACCUCAAGGGUGUUGCUAUUUUUGGACCUUAAGGUCCUCCGCAGGGCAUACCGGGAGAGGCGGGCAUACCGGGAGUAUACUUAUUAUUAUUAAGUUGAUUUAAGUAGCUUUGAAAGGGAGGGGAGGUUUAAAAGUCCACCUGACAGCUCCCAGAGUCUUUUACUGAUAAAAGUUGGCAGAUAUUUUCAUAGGUUGAGCCUUUUUAUCAGGGUAAUUUGGUCAUUAGAGCUCCUACUCACACAGCAGAGACUCAGUUGAGACUUGACCCGUCGCCAUCUUCCAUUAUUAUUAUUAUUAUUAUUAUUAUUAUUAUUAUUGAAAACCAAUUCUAACUUGGAGACAGUCUAUUUUCAGGUUGUGUACACACAACAUCUUAUUCUAGAAUUGAUGGAGACUGAGUCCUUGUUUCUUAUACAUAGUCCACAAACAAUCUGCACAUUUUUAUCCCUGAUAAGUGCUUCUUGAGAAACCGCUGCAAUUCCAAAAACAAAAGCUCAUUGCAGAUUGAUUAUGUGUUACCCCCCAGUGUGUCCACCCAAAAACAGACGUAAAUGGUCCCAGCCAUGGGGCGUAUGUUGGUGUGUGUAUCUAUAGCUGCUCAAUGACAUUGUGGGUGAGCGUGUUUCAAGAUCGCACUCAGUACUUCCGUCCUUCGUUCUGCUGGGGCAUGUGAAGUAGCCACACUGGCCCUUGUCUUGUGAAUGGUAGGAUCUAGAAUCAAUCUGGAUUGAAAGCAGCAUGUUGAGGAUGAGCAUAAACAAUUCUAGAUUGAGCAAAACUACAUUUUUUUGUGCUAUUAACACCUGGGUGUGUACGCAGCCUCAAAGGGUGCCUCUCAUUUGGCAGCAUGCUGGGAAAAUGUACAUUUUCAUAUCCAGCUAGUGUAGUGGACAUUCUGCUCCAGUCCUGGACUUAUUCUAUCCUGUGUCUGUAAUUUUCUGCCCUCGCUCUUCGAUUCUUAGUUGAACGAGUCUCUGUGUGCUCCUUACCUUUCCAGGAACACGAGUUGCUGCUGAAAGAAGGAUUUCAGAGGAUGGCAAGGAAGAUGGAGAGUGAAAUCCAACAUCUCAAGGAAGAAAAGAAAAGCUGGGAACGGGUGUCGUCUCUAGUGGAAAAUUUGAUCCCAGUUGUGUCAUCUUUGGUGAUGCACGGUGUGCAUCUUGCAACAGUUUCUCAAACUGGUAGCACGCCAAAGAAAUAG